AUGAACAUAGAAGUACAAGAAACAUCAAUAAAACCUCAAAUUAUAAAAGACUAUUUAAAGAAGGUUUUAAUAAUUCAUGAUGAAGUUAACAAACAACUUGAAAAACAAAAAAUAAAUACAAAAACAUUUAACUGUUCACUACUGCAAAAAUACUAA